AUCGAUUUUCUGAUUUGUCAAUUAGCGCUUGCUAGUCUAGCAUCAGUUGGCGUGGGAUCGAGGCUAUGUGGAGAUAGCAUAUAAGAGCGAUCGGAACGUUGCUAUAGAGGGCCGAUGUUCUGAAUGAUGCCCAACAUACCAUGACAUCAAGGAAAGCUUCUUGGUAACCGACUUCCCACACCAACUCUCAGUCCCAAUCAAUCAUUUCAAGAUGGAGGUGGCCAACUUUGAAGACUCGGAUCCAUUCUUUGACAAAGCCAAGUGGAACCUUGUCCAGUUUGGACUAAUCUGCACCUACUCGGUAGGACUGGAUGGCAUCAGGAGGUUCCCUUACCGGAUAUAUGAACACACGGGUCUGUUUCUCGUCGCCUACUACCUCCUCCUGGUGGUGAUAUGCAUCCCAGUCGUAUACGUACAGAUGAAAGUUGGAGCGGUGGUGAGGGAAGGCGUCUUGGGGAUAUUCAAUCAUUAUGUACCGCUUCUCAAAGGUGUUGCUGUUGCGAUGUUGCUGACAAGUUUCUUCAUCUCCGUAUACGAGAAUGUGUUUGCCGGCUACAGCCUGUACUACAUGUUUGCUGCCCUAAAGCAACCCUACAUUUGGGAGACUGCUGUAAAUAGCUCGCAUCCCUUGUACAGAAUACGGAAGUUGCCACAUGCUGAUAUAUACUUUACUGACAACUUCCUGCACCGGAGCGCAUCCGUGGGCGAGCUUGGUUCGAUUCCGUGGUACCUGGCAUUGUCGUUGCUUGGAGCAUGGAUUCUCACAUGUCUUUUGGUAUUCAAAGGAGCGAAGUUCUUUGGGACUGUGUGCUACGUGACAGGGCCUUUAGUGAUGCUCCUCAUGUUCUGCGUGAUGAUCUACGGAUAUGCCGCAAUACCAGAUUCUGCCUACGCUGUUGGUGCAAUCUUCGACAGAGGCAACGCGGCGAAGAAGUUGCUUGCGUACCGCACUGCUGCUGUUAGGAGCGUGGAAUCACGGAUAACCUCUAAGAUGUCGCUGGGAAAUUCAUUGGUUUGGAUUCACGGUAUGUUCCAGCAUAUCACAUGUAUAGGGCUGUGGGCUGGCGUCUUACCCACUCUUGGAAGCCAUGUCAGUGAGAAGAAAGCAACCACACACAUAUCCUGGAUCCUGUUGCUGUCACUGCACGGCGUACUGCCUCACUUGUGUACCAUAACUCUUGCGCCUUACAUAUACGGCUUGGCCAGGAGUAGAGGAUUGCCGCUCUCGGAUGUCUUCAAGAAGGAUGACCAAUUGUUAUUUAUAACAAUGCCGGAUGCGUUCAGCACUCUGCGAGUGUCUCCGGUCAUAGCCUGCAUCUUCUUUCUCUUUGUGAUGAUCUUUAUUCUCCACAAGCAGGCGAUUGUGCUGCUGGCGAUCCAGGAAGCGUUGGUUUCGCUCCGACCGAGCUUCCUCAAGAAUGUUUUCCGGCGAUACGAGCUGAUGAGCGUGGCGUUAUGUGGAUUAGGCUUCUUCGUUGGACUGCCGUACGUCACAGAAGCUGGCUAUCAUUACUACAAGUUGUUUGAGAGUUACAUGUACAGAUUGUUUUACCUCAUUAUUGCUCUGAGUCUACCACCAUUCAUCAUUGGAUAUUUAAAACUGGACAGUUACAUUGUGCCUAUUGAGAGGCUUUCCAUCAGCAUAUGGUAUGGGCUAGCUGGACUUGCCACAACCUGCAUCCUGAUUUUCAAAUUCAUUGUCUAUCCAGUUGCCGAGGAAAGCUCCGACCACCGCUGGGCUGGGAUGUUAGGCUGGUUCAUUGCUGUGCUGCCAAUGAUGGCUUGUUUUGUUGGCGGAGCGGUUCAUGCUCUGAGGAGUGAGGAGGGAAGUCUCUGGGAGAGAUUCAUUGAGUCAAUCAAGCCACGAGAGAAUGGUGAAAACAUCGUGACAUUGACCACCAAUUUCUGCGACGCGAACGGCUCCAUUGCAACAUCUGCGCUCGAUGACACGACCGGUGUGAAAAUUCUCCGACAAGUUGAACGUCACCGAGAGGUAGUUGUGCCAACCAAUGAAAAGUGUGAAAUCGUACCGUUAUAGUGGACUAUUUCAUGUGUCUUUGCUCAGUCGUCAAAUAUCAAGGGUGGACUCGAAGUUUCCAUGGAUAACCAACCGUCAGCGUGAGAGAGGCUAAUAUUGAUGGAGCAGCAUGGGCUAACUUGUGAUUUGAUUGCUUUGAAGACAAUGUUUCGCACCAACAUCAUCGGAAAGGUUGAAUGCCAUAAGUUGUACGAACCAAGUGUGAAGUAAUUCACUGUCCUUGCCCCCAGAGAGUUCAAAUCAAGUGUGGAACUGAGGUUUUCCAUGGCUGACUCGGGAGAGAAGCUGACAUCAAGAGGAGAUAUGAUAUAAUGGGACAAUCACCCUCGUAUAGGUUUUAAUGUUAUGUGAUCCUGCUCAGUUUUAGAUAUCAGCGGUGUUGUCAAUAAAUUCCUGAUUGGGUGUGUACCUCUAA